AGUCUGGAAAGGAUGACGCCGGACCGUCUGGUCUGGUCUGGUCUGGUCUGGUCUUGUCUUCUUCUAUUCUAAUGGACAGUUGGUUUGGUGGUUUGAGAAACCAUUGAUGCGUCCCGCUGUAGGUAACUUCAUUCCCGCCAAAUCAACCCAAAACCCUGCCAAAACCUUACUCUCUCUCUUCCCUCUCACCAAAACCCUCUCUCUCACCCAACAGCUACACUCCCAAAUCAUCCUCAAUGGUCUCUAUCGUUCACUUCUCUUCGGUUCCAAGCUCUCUAACUCCUACAUCCAAUUGGGUUUUCUCCAAUUCGCUACCAAAGCUUUCGAUUUCAUUACUGUCAAGAACUCCUAUUCAUAUAACACCAUCGCCUCUGGAUUCUUCAAGAACAAACGUUUCUCCGAUGUUCUACGGCUUUUCAAACAGAUGCGAACCGAAGGUUGUUCCGUUGAUAGUUUCAAUUUGGCAUUCGCAAUCAAAUCUUGUAUUGGGUUGUCGAUUUUGCAAGAUGGGAAGUUGGUUCAUUGUUUGGCAAUCAAAUCCGGACUCGAUAGAGAUCCUUAUCUUGUCCCUGUUCUCAUAGAUGUGUACUCUGAUUUGGGUUCUUUGAAAGAUGCCCAGAAAUUGUUUGAAGAAAUUCCUGAGUGGAAUUCAGUUAUUUGGGGUUCUAUGAUGAAAGGCUAUCUCAAGUCUUCAGAGCAAACCAAAGUUUUUGAGCUGUUUUUGGAGAUGAGAACAGCUGGUUUUGAAUUGGAUCCAUUUACAUCUGAAUGUUUGGUUCGGGCUUGUGGAAAUGUUUCUGCUGGCAAAGAAGGUAAAUCGGUUCAUGGGUUCUGUAUAAAGCACAAUUUCAUGAAUUCCAACAACAUUUAUUUACAGACAUCACUUGUAGAUAUGUACUUGAAUUGUGAUUUGCUUGAUUUUGGACUCAGAUUAUUCAAAGGGGUGUCUAAUAAAGAUGUAGUUUUAUGGACUGCAAUGGUUGCUGGAUUUGCAAAGAAUGGCAGAGCUUGGGAAGCUAUUUCCUUGUUUAGACAGAUGUUGGGCGAGUCGAUGAUUCCAAAUUCUAAAACAUUAGCUAGCAUUAUUCUUGCUUGUUCCCACAUGGGAUCUCUACAACAAGGAAAGAGUGUUCAUGGGUAUAUGAUAAGGAAUGGGGUGGAAUUAGAUGUAGUGAAUUAUACCUCUCUUAUUGACAUGUAUGCUAAAUGUGGUUCAAUUUUUGCAGCUCACGUGGUUUUCAAGGAGAUGCCCAUGAAAAAUGUAUUUUCAUGGACUUCAAUGAUCAAUGGGUUUGGAAUGCACGGUCUCUUGGAUGAAGCAAUAGCUGUUUUUGACCAAAUGAUUUCAGAUAACCAAUUACCCAAUUCCAUAACAUUUGUUUCGCUUCUGUCAGCUUGUAGCCAUUCUGGAAGGGUUGAAGAAGGAUGGAACUAUUUUAAAUCCAUGAGUAGGGAUUAUGGAAUUACUCCAAUGGAAGAACAUUUUGCUUCCAUGGUAGAUUUGUUAGGUAGAGCCGGGAAGAUAGACGAAGCUUUAUCCUUCAUAAGUGACAUGCCGAGGGAGCCUGGAGCCAGUGCCUGGGGUGCCCUGUUGAGUGCAUGUAGAAUUCAUAAGCGGCUUGAAUUGGCAGAGGAAGUGGCCAAGAGACUCCUUCCUUUAGAGCCUGAUAAGUCUGCUGUGUAUGUUUUGCUUGGCAAUAUUUAUGGCGAUGCUGGACUGUGGGAGAUGGUGAAGAAGAUGAGAUUAGAAAUUGGUGAGAAUGGACUUCAUAAGAGUGUUGGUUUUACCUCAGUUGAAGUUGAUACAAAGUUGUAUGUUUUUAGUUCCAAUGAUAAACUUGCUAAAAGGGAUACAGAAGUUGAGGUUGUAUGGACUUCUCUACACGAGCGAAUGAGAGAACUUGGUUACGUGCCUGAUAUCAGCUUUGUUGUGCCCAGACUUGUGAAAAUGGGAAGGAAAUGCCGAUUAGAUUUACAGAAGAACUUUGGAGAGUUUAUAGUGAAGUCUGUGGAACUAACUUGGUGUCACUAAUGAACUUCUGGAUGGUGAAGAAGUCAAACUUCUUCUUGUUGCUUCCUUCUAUUAACCUAUGAUGGGGUAGUGAUUCUGUUAAUUAUGUUCAUUUUUCAAUUUUUUUGGGUUCAUUUUAAUUAAUCUGAUUUGAUUGGGUGACCAUUUUCUUGUCUGAUCCUGGGUCAAUCAAUCAAUGCUUACAUGUUGCAACUGCAAAUUGAAAUCAAUUCAUGCUUUUAUGAAUUGGUAUCUACAAGUUCUGUAAUUUGCUCAAAUCAAAAUAAUUUAGAAAAUGGCCCCUUUUUAUUUUUUAUUA